UUUCAUAGAUGGCGCUCAAAGUAUUGUGAAGUUGUGUUUACGAUGAGGAUGGCUUAUAAUGUAAAAAAAUUCAAUGCAAAAUGGAAUUUAAUGAAUUAAUUGCUGAACUUAGAGCUUCGUCCGAAAACCUCCCCAAUGAAUCGGCGGAUAGAAGCCUCCUUUCUUCGGUUUAUUGCAACAAAGCUUGUAAAGCAAUAGACAAAAUAGCAGAAAGCCAGGAGUAUGACAAUGUGAUAACUGGAUUAUGGCUGAUUGUAGCACAUUUUGCUGAACAACUUCGUUACUUGAAGCCUGUUCCAGCACUGUCAGAGCUGUGCUUUAAGCUGUUCAGACAAUGUUCUAAAUCAGUUUUGAACAUACAGUGGCAAAAUUUGGAAGAAGACAGCUCUGUGAGACAGAACUUCUUGGUCUCUUUAGCCAAUCUUCAUGCCAAAUUGAUCCCUUUUGACUUUCCAAGAUUUAGGCUGCUGGAAGCCUUAACUGAAAGUCCUUGGACUAAUCCUACCUUGGCAAAAGUUAUGGGAGGUGAAAUUGAAGACGCUGAUAAAGAAGAAGUGCGCUCUUAUAUUGAGCAAGAAGAUCCUAUCAUAUUACAACUAAGGGUUGAUAUGAUGUUGAAAGAGAAUUGUGAAGAGUAUGCCCUUAAUUUGUGCAAUAGUUGCCUGACUCAUCCUGAACUACAGACAGAUUUUAGCAUUCGUAAGAUACAACUCUCUUUGUUGUACAAGUUGGGGCAUGAAGAUAAACUUCAAGAAGAGUGUCAGAAACUCAAUAUUAAUGAUGCACUACGCAUUAUUAAGCAGUUGCAGACAUCAGAACCGCAUCGGCAACUAUGUACUGUUCUGGCUCAAACUUUCAUGGUGCAAAAUUGGAUACGGCCAACAGAUAUGGAAGCUAAUAAAGAACUCUUGCGUCUUUGGAUUCGGCAACAGCUGCUGGUUGAUAGAGAGCAGGAUCAGUUUAAAGAAAGUGUCUGGGCAAUGGCUAAACUUUCACAGUCUACAGAACAGAUAGUUAUUUUCAUAGAUGUACUCAGAGAGGAGUGUGGUGAUACCUAUCUUCAGUUAUAUGUAGACAUGUGCAUCUUUGCAAUUAAUGUAGACAAAGGUCAAAUGGAAACAAGCAUUAAAGAAGACAACUUAGUUGCAGCUGUUGCUAGAAGAGGUGAUAUGGCCUCUGUCUGUGCUAAGCUGUCUUGCCUUUGUCACCAUACUUCUCUCAAGGUGGCUAGAAUCUGUGCAUUGACAUCAUUUGCACUAAAGCCCUCAGAUCAAUCAUUAGCCAAAAUUGGAACAUUUUAUGGGCAAGGUGGUGGUUGCUGCAAGAAAUGUGGUGUAGGAAAUAAUCAUGAUCCUGGCAAAGUGAACCCAGCUACGCUCUAUGAAGUGGAAAGGCUACUCAAUAUGCUGAGACCUGAGUAUCUUAAUCCAGAUAAUAAUUUUGUCAACAUACAGGCAUUAUGUCGACGCUUCUUACAUGAAAGUUUGAAAGUUGCUGAAGAAAGAAAGCAAGAAUCAGCUGUAGCUGCAAUGACUAUUAGUGGGCCAGAAGGAAAGAAGAAAAUGAUCAGCUCUAACAAAGCCACAAACUUGUUUGAGGCUCUCUUACCCCAAGAUGUGCAAAACACUCAGUCACUUCUGAACAAAAUGAGGCUACAGAAUAUACCAACCAUCCACUCACCUCCUCAGACUACUCACAUUACAUACUCAGCAGCUGGUGUGAACCGACAUAACAUUUUAACACAUCAUUCUAAACAGCAGUAUGCUUUUGAUUCAGAGAAAGUUAAAAACAGUUUACCCUAUGGUAUUCCAAUGGAGCAGCAGCAUCAGUAUUACUUAAGCAAGCAUGAGAAAGAAUUAGAGCAGAGACGCAAAAACUCCAUGAAAAAGAAAGAGGGUAAAGCACAGGAGCCAUUAGCUUCAAGUACCCAUCCCCAACAGCAUCAAAAUGCAAGGCAAGAUUCCAACAAGCAGGGUGUGCCUUUACAACAGUUACAGACUUGUAGGUCAAAUAGCAACAAGCAAAGUCCCCAACAGCAGCAGCAGGUUCCAAGUAUUCAAGUAUCUCAGUUGAUUCAUUCUGCCCUGCGAAAUGACCCUGCUGCACUACAAAAGUUAUCCCAGACUGCAAGCCCAGAGAUGGUGCGUGCAGUUAUUGACAUAUUAAAAAACAGUGCCAUCAGACCUGCUCAACAGCAGCAGAAACAACUGGGUAAUCCAAUAAUACAGGGCACUGGUCCAUCACAGCCAUUGCCUACAGUCUCAACAUUAUUGAAGCCCACAGCUCAACAACCACAACAGCUUUCAGAAGCAAAAAGAGAGCAGCCUCCCCCACGACGCUAUCCUAGGCCACAGCUAUAUGCUCAGCCCAUUGUUGUCUCAUCUUCGUCAGGCAUCUCAAGUUCUCUUCGUCCCCAGUUAUCAAAUGUUUCAAUUUCUGUUACUAAAAGUUAUAAUUUUAUGCCCUCAUCAUCUAAUGUUACUUCAACUAUGACUGUGGCACAGAAACAAAAGUCUGACUUGGCAUCAAAGAGCCAGGCAGAAAGCAUACGACAGUUGAUGCACAUGCAGAUGACCUCCAAUCUUCAGCAAAAACAAAUAUCAGAAAUGCGACAAAUGUCAGGAUCUACUAUUACUGUCAAUAAUAUUUCAAGUUCUAAUAAUUUAGGUUCUACUAUUGCAUUAAGACCAAAAACUACAGUAGAACUAGCAGAAAAAGCAGCUCUGGCUAAACAACAAGGGAAAUCACCAGCGUAUCAACCAGUUCAAUCUCAGGGUUUUCCAUCAUCAUCCAAUCCUUCAGUUAAUAAAACUAACCAACAGUUUAUGACAUUACAGACUUCUGAAUCACAGUCACAACUACAAAAGCAACAGUCACAAAACUCUUGUGGGCUUAAUUCAAAUAAUUUUAAUACCUCUUCCUCAAAUAAUAAUCAAAAUUUAACAUUGUCAGAUGAGCUUUCUGGCUCCAUCAUGGGUAUAGAUGAUACAAUAAUUAAGGAACUGCUGCAGGAUUCUGGAAUCUUGGCUAAUACCUUCCCGGAUAUUGAAGUUGAUACAAUUGGGGAAGAUAAAUCAAGAAAGAUAUCUGAACUUGUAUCUUUAUCUCAGUUGAAUGUGCCAUCUGUUCAUACUUUUGACUUCAAUAGACGUACAAAUUCAAAUAUAUCAGCAGCUGAAUCAUUUCAGACUCCCUCAAUUUUGUCAAGGCAUACUAUACAAAAAUCUGGCCAACCUGCUAUUCAAACAAGUCCAAUUCAUAUUCACACCACCUCCCAGCUUCAUAUCCCAUAUUCUCAACCUUCACUUUAUACAGGCAAAAGUGAAAUACUGACAUCAUCAAAUCUGCCAGUAAUGACUUCAAAAGUAUCUUUACCUUGUACGGCUGCUAAUGAUGUAAAUUCCAGCCUUCAAAGCCCAUUUCAAGUAUCAAGCCAAAAGCAGUUUACAGUUUCAAAAUUAUCCUUGCAACCUAGGGAAAACAUGAGCACAUCUGUGACUAUGAAUGUAGAAGAAACUAAACCAACUAUGGAUCAAUUGAGGGAACAAAUGAAAAAAGAAGAUAUACAAGGUGAAAUCUACCUUGAUUCUGCCAACAAUGCCACCUAUAGGUGCAUCAUUUGCAGCCAGGCUUUUGAGACAUUAGACAAUCUUCGUGAGCAUGUUAGAAAUGUUUGUAAACCAGGUCUACAGUCUUCAAGUGUAUAUACUUCAAAGAUUAAGCAGGACAAAGCUAAUUCUGCUAAAGCAGGUCUGGAAACUACUACAGUAUUUCAGUGUUUGAGAUGUUUUGAAUUAUGUGUUAGUGAUGCUGGCAUCAAGCAACAUAGAUUGACUUGCAAAAGAGUCCCCACUGUACCUUCAGACAUAAAGAAAGAGGUUCAGAACAAAGCUAGAAGUGCCAUUAAAUCUGGCAGGUCCACCCCAAAAAGAGAAAUAAAAGAUAGCUCUUACAUAGUCCCUGAGAUGCCUUUACCUUUUCCAUAUCCAAGUUUGAAUUCUGAAGCUGUAAAGAAAAGCCUGGCAUUGGCAGGAAAGUCCUCCAUGACAUGUCAAGAAAGGGCGCUUACAUCAAAGCAGCAGGUAUCUUCUGCACAAGCUACUGGGGCACCUUUAAAUAGCAUUACAACAAAGCAGCAAAUAUCUUCUGCAGAAACUACAGAGUCUUCUUUGAAUAGUAUCACAUCAAAACAAAAGGUCUCUACUGCUCAAGCUUCUGUGGCUCCAUAUAGUAAUGUCACAUCAAAGCAAUCAAUGUCCACGGCACAAUUUACUGGGGCUCCCUUUAGCAGUUUUUCACCAAAGCAACAGGUAUCUACCGCUCAAGCUUCAGGGGCACCCUUAAAUAGCAUUACAACAAAGCAGCAGGUAUCCACUUCACAAUCAACAUGGGCACCUUUAAAUAGUAUAAUGUCAAAGCAACAGGUAUCCACAGCACAGACUUCUAGGUCUCCCAUAAAUAUUAUCACACCAAAGGAGCAUGCUUCUACUCUACAAGCAGGUACUGCAUCAAUACAAAAUAGCAGAAUGUUAAGCAUCAAUUCGGAACAGUUGUUUAGCAUUGGUAGAGCAGAAAGUUCCAAAUCUGGAAGUGUUUAUUCAGCCAAUGUCUCAAAUAUAACAAGCAGUGUAGUCACAACUGUUGCCAGAAGUGCAAAUCUGAUGAAUGUCAGUAACAGCUUGAACACAUCAACAUUGAGCAGAGUCAGUUUAUCUUAUACCAAUCCAGUCCUGACAACUAAUUUAAACAGUAUAAAUAAUGUCAUCAAUGAAGCUGCCAAAGCUUGUUACAACCUGCUUGCUUCUGAUUCUGUUAAUGACAUCAGCAUUACCAGACCAGUGACACAUGGCUCAGCUUUUGUUGAAAAGACUCCUCCUAGUGUAAAUAAUAGUUCAUUAUCUCAAUCCACUUGUAAUGCUACUUCAUCAAAUUUAGUUCAGCCUUUUCAAAAUGUUUCUGCUCAGUAUAGUCCAAAAAGUAGUACUUUGGGCUCCUCUCAAAUGGCUAGUCCUAUUGCACCAGUUAUAGAAGCAGAAAAAGUCAUACCUUCUCCAGUUCUGCCUAAGAAAGCUCCAAAGAGAGCUAAACAGCUGCCAGCUCCCUGCUUCACAGAAAUCUCUGGUUCUGGAGGAAGUAAGUUUUACAAGUGUGACCUGUGCUCUCAAACAUUGUGUUCAGUGGAAAGUUUCGGGUUGCACUGGGAAGAGUGUGUCUCUAAAAAUAAAGCUUUGUUAAAGAGAAGAGCUUCUAGGGAAAAACUUUUAAAUGUCAAACCACCUACAGAAGAAAUGGUGAAAAAAUGGAUCGAUGUCAUUGCUUUUGUUGCUGCUGGGGGUGGAGCAGCAGACAGUGUGUUUGAUAAUGAGGACCUGAGUGAAACAGAACUUGUAUUGCUUGAGGAUCCAUGUGAGAUCCAUGCUAAUCAAUCUGAACUUAAUUAUAUUGUUCCAUCUGAAAGUGAUGCAGAUGACUUAAACAGUUUGAUUAGCACUAAAUCAGAUGAAGACAAUAUUUCUGAGGCCACAACAGAGAAAGAUUCAGAAGAGGAUGUUGCUUAUAGAAAAGCACGAAGCCGUUGUCAAAAUAGUCAUAAAGAUAGUGCUAGACAUGAUAAUGAAAAUCUUGGAAGAUCCUCAAAGAUGCAUGCAAGGUCUAGGAAUGGAGAGAAAGAACUAGAGGACACAGAAGGAGACAAGACAUCUUCCUCAUCUAGUGAGUUUGAAUCUGAAGGCAGUGGUCUCUCUUGUCAACUUUGUAAAACUAGCUACCACAAUAAAAGAAUGCUGAUACAGCAUUAUGCUGGCAGACAUUUAAAACCAUACACAGUGAAAAGGGCAUCAGAUAACACAUCUUACAUUUGUCAUCUUUGCCAGAAAAGUUUCCCAAUUUUUAUGCAUUACAUGCAACAUGUUCCAGACCAUUCUGUUACCAUAUAUGAAAAAAUGAAAGCUUUCAUUAUCAAAAAGCGAUUAUCACAUAGGAAUAAAGUCUCUUCACUCAAAGGCAUGAUUCACAAAAAGAAUGCUAUGUCCCUACUGGCUAAAUCUUUAAAGAGUAAAAGGGCUGCCAAAAUGUCUGCAUUGGACAGAAUAAAAAGAGAAAUUCUAUCCUCAAAUACUGAGGCUGUUCGAGAGAAGUUGAGUCUUUCCAAAAAGAAAAAAUCAAAAAGUUACCCAUCAAGUGAAGAAGAUUAUACUCCAGAAGUUCACCAUCUGAAACGAAUCUCAGAAAUUGUAAGUGAUGUUUCCAAUAGAAGAUGCGGUAGACAGCGCAAACCUGCAAGUUAUGAUGAGACUUCUUCUUCAGAAAGAUCUGGUUCUAAGCUGUCUAGUAAUAGAGAUGAAGAUUAUGUACUGAGUGAUGAUACUGAGUUUGACUACAGAGCACCUAUAACAACUAGGAGUAAAAAAUAUAGUUUGAAUAGAAAGGAACAGUGGUCAGGGUCUGACACAGACAAUACUAGUGGCUCAGUCAUGUCCAAGCAUCCAAAUUACAUCAAAUCAAUGGAAGUCUCAGGAUUUGACUCUGACUCUAACUCUGCUACUCUGACAUUCUUACAAGAGCCUAAUGGAACAUUAAUUGUGCUGCCAGACCAACAACCCUCUAACCUAGACAAAUCAGACCAAUCUUCACCAACUUGCACUAUUACUGUGCGCUCUCUGAAUAAGAAGCUAAAGGAGACACUUAAAUUGUGUGAUCUACGACCCACUAUAGUUUUAAAAAAUCUAACAACUAAGGACAUUGAGAAAUCCACAGGGGACAUAAAGUUAUCUAACCUUGGUGUUUCUGCUCAAAAUGCUGUUCCGGCAAGCUCCUCUAAGACUUCUUCAUUUUUUGAUUCCUUUCUUUCAUACCUCAAUCAGUACCCUGCAUCUUCUGAAGAGAAAAAUCUGCCCAGUGAAAGUGUUGUCCCUAAAAGUAACAGUAGCAAUGCUAGCACAGAACUCUGCUCUUCUAUGGAUACAGAUGGCAGCACUGUUAGUUAUGGUACAAACACUGACAAGGAGGAUUAUGCUGAUACAACACCUCUUAACUGCGGUAACAAUCAAUCUGAUGUCCAAACUCUUCUUGCCAAAUUUCCUACCAGACGAUGCAGUGUCAAUCUUGGUAAAAAACUUGAUCCAAUUUUGUUGUCUAAUAAGGCGGACGACAUUGUGACACCAGAAGAUGAUGUCAAACUACCUUUGCUUGUUGAUGUCAAGGUUUGCUUGCCAAAAAUUGAGACUCCAGGUAAAUAUUUAAAACAAGAUACUGUACUUCCAGGUGAUGGUAAAACAAAAGUUGAACAGAAAGACUAUAAAUUUUCUUUGGUGGACAACCAAUCGAAAGAAAUUAUUUCAACUUCUAAAGGUGAAGCUCUUUCUGAAGCAUGCAUUGAUUUGGGUGUGGGGAGAGAUGACAAUCUGUCUUUAAAAAAUAUGAACACUUCAGAAAGUAUAGAUUUGUGUUCUAGUCAAACAUUAGAUGCUAGAAUCUCUCAUAAAGAGCAGAAGAACAUUGUUGCUGAAAAAAGUCUUCGUUGCUAUCCUGAGUCAGGUCAACAUUUGACAGCCAUUGAAACUUCAGACAAAAAAACAUCACUAGACAAAAGUGUCUCAAACCAAGACCAGGAAAACAUUGUUAUGAAGGAUCGUGUCCUUUGUCCUGAUGCAAGUGAAGUUAUUGAACAAUGUGUUGAAAAUAGUGUAUGUAUGUCUGCAGAAAACAAUUUAAACUCACACAAUAUAGCUUUCAUAUCUAAACAAAUAUUAUUAGAUACCAUUGUCUGUGAAAACGAUCAGAAGAGCAUUGUUGUUGAAGAAUCAUGUGAAGUUAUUGACCCAUUUGUGGAGAGUGGUGUCAUUUUGUCUGUAGAAAACAUUGACACUUCAGAUAGUAUGGUUUGUUCAAAAGAAUCAUUACUGGACUUGAGCAUCUCUCAGGAAGAUCAGAUUAAUGUUAGUGAAGAACAUAGUGGAGAUGAUACAUAUGAGCUAGAUCAAGUUGUUUCUCCUAAAGAGCUUGAUAUUUCUCCAGACAAGAAAGAUGGCAUCAUCAUCAUUGAAACAAACAGUGAUGAUGGCCAUGAUAACCCUUGUUACAUUUUAGAGGAGAAUGAUGAGUCUGAGGACUUUUACAUAAUCAAAGAAACCAGUGAUCCAGAAAUGGAUGAAACUGAGCUAAUUGCUAAUGAACCAAAUCUUGAGAAAUCAACAACUAAAAGCUGUACUAGUUUAUUGGAAAAUAGUGUUAUCCAGGUGGAGAAUGCACCUCAAUUUGAAUUGUCUAAUUCUUUGGAGCAGAAACAUGAUUCUAUAGACAACAAUAGUGGCAUAACACCUGUUCAACAAAUUCAAAGCUGUUCACAGCAGGAGACACUUGAUGCUUGUUGUAAAGUGGAAUGCGAUGAAGAAAAAUUCUCUGUCUUGGAAGCACACCCGGUUGCUCUAGACAUCACUUCAGAAAGUCUAACUCUAGAAAACAUGCAUGCAAGUGUUGACAAAUCGAAUAGAGAAAUUCAAGGCCAGCAAAUCUUUCUGAAACAUGUGAGUGCUUUGGAAAGUUCUGUUGAUUCUGGGGUCAUGUCUACAGAAAUGACAUUGAAGCAGAGAGCUUUAGGAAAUGCUAUUGAAAUGAACAAUACAGUGAACAAUAUGAAGGAUUCAGAUUGUCACAAUCAAGAAUUACAAAUAGAAAAGGCUAAUAUCAAGUUGAAUUCUGAAAUUUCUGACAAUCGGACACUGCUAAACACUCAAUUUCAACCAAACUUACCUGAAAGAAAUAGUGAUUCAGACAAUGUAGGCAAUGAUUUUUCAAACAUGAAAGAUUCAUUUGUGUCUAAGAAACAUGUUAACCGUGUUGAGAAUCUUACAGAAAUUUCUCACACUUCAGAGCUUUCUAAUGCUACAGAAAAUAUUGUCACAAAUGGUGAUUUGUCUUGUUCAGUAAAUCAGUGUCUUUUAGAAUGUGAGCAUGACCAUGGAGAGAAAACUAACUUGAAGAUGAUAGAAAGUGGUUUAGAGAAAAAAAACCUAGACUCAUCAAAUGGUGACUCUGUCAACAAGUCAUUGUUACCCCAUGUCACUUCAGAUCUCCCAGAGACAAGUGUUCAUAUGCAACUUUCAUAUACAGGGGAAACUAUAAUAGAAACAAUAGAAACAAAUUCUCUAAAAAAUAGUUGUAGUGAUGCUCAUAUUAUAACUUUAGCUGGUCUGGCUCAGAAUGUCAAUUCAUGUAAUGAAAGUACUUUAAUAGUUGAUACUGAAAAAUUGCAAAAUGAAAACUUUCAGUCGGAAAAGGUUGAAAUGACAAUAAACAAUAGUGCUCAAGGAUAUCAAGAAAUUUUAGACUCUGAGGACAUGUCAGGCCAAAAAAGUGAUAGUAUACCAAACUCUGCUGAGAAAUUUGAAGUUGGUUUAUGCAAUGGCAGUGAGUCCAUCAUUGAACAGUGUCAACAAAAUGAUGCUAUACUAGACUGUGAGAAUAUUUCAAGUGGUUUAUUCAAUGAGACUGUGAAUCCACAUUCUAAAGCUAGUUUAGACAUCUCAGGUCAUCAAAGUGAUAGUCUACUUGUUUCUAAGAACAUUGCUGGGGAUACAAGCAAUGAGGCUUUAACUGCAGCAGAGAAACAGUAUGAGAAUAGUUUAGACAAGAUCUCAUGCCUACAAAAUCAAACAAAUCUACUAUGUGAAACUUCACAUCAAGAUUUUAGUUUGCCUCAAGCAAAAGAUAAUAUAGAUUUACCUGCUCAAGAGAAACUUUCUUUGAAUAUUCCUGUUGACGUAAAUUAUGUAUCUGACAUGCCAGAAAAUAUGGACUUGGGUAAAAUUCUGGAUGUUUCAGUGACUUCUCUACUCAUCUCUUCAACAUCCAGCAGUUACAAAGCAGAAGCAACUUCUAAAGUAGAAUAUAAAGAACUCACUAGAGCAAAGACUGGUCUUAGAAAAAGAAGUAGAAAUAAAGAUAAGAAUCGGGUGAAAAAUCCUCAAGUUUCACUUGCAGCUUUCGUUGCCAAAAGACUGUUAAGUAACAGCAAUGAUGACAAUGCAAGUACCAGCAAUGCUGAAAGCACUAGUGAGGAAGACAGUGACAAUGACUUAAGUGAUAAUUCAAAGCAUUCUUUAGUAAGUCAUCAAGACUGUUUGCUCAAUACUAAAUCAAUGUAUUCUGUGUCUAAUACAGAAAUCAGUGAAACUGGUGCAUCAAAUAACCUUGUUCUACCUAUCUCUCAACUUAAUGACAUUGAUAAUGUCACUUAUCAGAAGUUUGCUAAUGUUGCAGAUACCAGUACAAAGCAGAUAAAUCUAGGUUCUGGUUUAGUUGACUACAGUUCGUCAGAUGAAGAUAAAGAACUUGAUGAUGGUGUUAUCAUGUCAGAUCAGAACCAAAAAACUGAGCAUACAAGCCUAUGUUUAGAAAUAUCAAGCUUAGAGUCAUCCAUCGAAAUCAUUAACACUAUACAAAAUGUUCCUACGUUAGAUUCUAGUAUUCCUAUUUCUGACAGUAUUGAUUUAGUGGCUGGAGAAAAUUUGAGAGAAGUGGAAGAGAAAAAUAAAAUAUUAGCUAGAGAAAAAGUUGAAGAGAACAAUGAAAUAUUAGUUACAGAAAAAGUUGAAGAGAUGAAUGAAAUAUUAGCUAGAGAAAAAGUUGAAGAGAACAAUGAAAUAUUAGCUAGAGAAAAAGUUGAAGAGAUGAAUGAAAUAUUAGCUAGAGAAAAAGUUGAAGAGAACAAUGAAAUAUUAGCUAGAGAAAAAGUUGAAGAGAACAAUGAAAUAUUAGCUAGAGAAAAAGUUGAAGAGAACAAUGAAAUAUUAGCUAGAGAAAAAGUUGAAGAGAACAAUGAAAUAUUAGCUAGAGAAAAAUGUGAAGAGAACAAUGAAAUAUUAGCUAGAGAAAAAGUUGAAGAGAACAAUGAAAUAUUAGCUAGAGAAAAAGUGAGAGAAUUGGAAGACCAAGUUGCUGUGACAGACAGUAAUGAAAAUGAUAACUUUCAAUAUGAAAUAAGCUUAGAAAAGGAAAAAGAUCAACUUAUGCUAUCUGAAAUGGAUAAAUAUAAGUAUAAAAUUAGAGUACAAGAGAAAGAUGAAAAGUUGAUACUCCCUGAAUCUGAUAAAUCAAAUCAAAUUAAUUUACAAGAGAGUAAUUUUAAGGUGGCAACAGAUAAAUAUAAAGCAACUUUGCUAGAGACUGAGGAAAAGUUGAUGCCAUCUUGUCCCUGUGUUUCUUACAGCUCUUCUCCAGAAUACAAUGUCAGUGAACACAGUGUGGUGGAGAGUGAACACAGUGUGGUGGAGAGAGAUGAGCACUCCUGCCAUUUCUCUCAUACUUUUGACCAAAAAGGAGCUAAUGCAACUAUUCCUGAGAUGAACAAACCAACUAUUGAUGAUGUAUCUGUUUCAUUUCUUGAUGCACUACUAAAUAACCCCAAAGAAUGUGGAAAGAAUAGUGAAGCUUCUUGCAUCAUAGAAAACACAGUAAGUAGUCAACCAAUUCAUAUCGAUGCUCCAACGCCUACUGAAGAAAAUAAAUCUGAGGAUGGUCUCUUGGUUAAUGUCUUGAAAAUUGCACAUUUGAAAGAAGCAAAAGAUGAUGCAGACAAAAAUUUGAAACCUCUGACUUGUGUGGCUCGACACGACAACGUCUCAAACUGUUACCCUGAUAUGGACGAAGUCAACCUUUUGUCUCCCUUUUACCCUUGUACAGACAGUACUGAAACUUCUGAUCAAUCUACAAAGAAGCUGAACAGUUUAAAUGAAGACAGAAAAUGUUUACAGGAUAGGAAUUUAGAUCAAAUUGAGUUUGUAUCUCCCCAUCACUCAGCAGUAAUUAAAGAACACAUCCAAUUUGAUACAGGGCAUGUUUUAAAUUUUGCUGUAAGCUCAUCUCAUAUGCCGGAGGAACAGAUAAAAAAUACACAAUUAGAAGCUAAUGUUCUGUCUGUGACUAAAGAGAAUAUUAUUACAGAAAUUGAUUGUCAUUCAAAUUCUUCUAAUACUUUUUCUGGUGGCCAAGAUAGUGUGCAGGCAUUCCUUGGAAGCUUACCAGAAACUGUGUUAUGUAAAAAUGCUUUUAAAACUGAUUCAGAUAAAGACACUUCAAGUGUAAAGGAAAGUUCUGAUUCAGUGUUGAGCUCUGCUAAAGAUGUGAUGGCUACAGAAAUCGAUGUCAAAAGGAAACCACAUUCAAAAGCACAAAACUCAGAAGAAAACGAGGUUAUAGUUAACAAAUCAACAACUAGUUAUGGUGUUACAAAUAUUCAGGAGACAGAUGAUAAAGCAUCAGGUUCAGACAUUGAUGAUGACUUAAGUGAUUUUGACCUAGUCAUAGAAGAAGAUACAUCUUCCAGAAAUAUUGUCCCUUACAAAGUGACAUCAGAAAGGAAAUCUUCUCAAGCUUAUGUUGCUAGACACUAUUCCUCUGUGUUUGCUGAUCCAAAAAAAGAACAAACCAACCCUUUUAUAAAUACCCUCAAGUCUAUUAAGGAACAGCUUCAAAAACAAGAACAUUUGAAUCCUGAAUUAUCUCCCAGGAGACCUUUAAGUGGUGCCAAGUCUCUUAAGAAAGUAAGCCAGGAGCAAUUUGUUUGGGAUGUGGAUGAUGAUGAAGAGAGCAAACAUAAUAAAAGCACAUUUGUAAAGACUGACAGAACAAAAGUCUGCACUGCAGCACAGGAAGCCAUCAAAAGGAAAAGAAAUGCCCUGAAAGAAAAAACUGAGAAGUCGCCUUUUACAUGGGACCUAGAUGAUGGCAAUAGUGAAAAGACAACACACAUUGUUAAUCAAGAAAACAAAAAUGCUUUGGCUGAAUCCCAAAGUGAUUUAACAUCUAGAAUAAAGGCCAGAAGGAUUUUUCGAAAGAAAAAAAGUUUCUCCCCAGAUUUUGUUUCAAGUGCCAUGAUGCCAUCAAAGCUCAAAUCUUGUACAAAUGUACCUGCUAAGAGGGCAACACUUGAGAAAAAAGUGGAUAUGAAAGCAGAAGGGGAAAUGCUGGUUUUGGAAGAGUCACCUCUUGGGAUUCUUGAAAGCUGCAGUAACUCUAUCACUGUUGAUGAAGAAAUAUCCUUCAAAAGAGAUUCUUUUUCUUCACCACUUCUUGGCACUAGUAGUUGUUCAGCAUCAAGUUCUGUAGCAUCUAGUCCAUCAAAUCCUAAACCUAGAGGACGUAGAUCUAAACAACACACCCCAAAUGUGUCAGUUUCUUACAAUGCCAAAGUGCCCAGCCUGUUAGAACAGGUUUCUCCAAAGGCUGUUCUAGCUUUAAGGACAAGACAUAGCUCAGUUGACUCCAAUAGGUCAGACUCAUCUCAGACAUGCAAAAGACAAGGUGAGAAUACUGUUCAGAGCAACUCUAAAAAAAUAAAAAAAAGUUCUGAUCCCCUGAAGGCUGGCUUAAUCAAAAUUACAAGUCCUCCAAUAGGGCAGACUACUCAAGAUGGACUAGCUCCCUUGACACGUUCAUCUGAGGCUGCUAUGAAAGCAUUUAACCAAAUCAGUUUAAGAAACAGAGGGGUGGAUGCUUUAAGGGUGUAUAGCUUGUCUUCUCCAUCCAGAAAUUUAACUAACCAGACUAGCCAUAAAAACUUGCCUGAUUCUAACAUUAAACUGUCUAAUAUUUCACGACUAUCUUCUGCUAAAGGUGCCUUAGAGUCGGUCAAAAAAACAAAGGUACCAAGCGAUAGUUCAACACCUGAAAAGGCUGUAGUAAAGCGCAGAAAUCCUUCUGCACCCCCUAUACCUUCAAGAAAACCUCGACUAAAGGCAGGUGCACUGGCCAAAAAUAAUGGGCCUGUCACUCCUAGCACUGCUGUUUUCCUUGUAGACCCUGCCCCAAUUAUUCAGCCAGCACGAGGUGGAUCUAAGUCAUCUGCCCAUAACUCCACAACUGGUACUAAAACUAUUCACACUCAGCUUCCGCCCGGUGCCUCUGUCAAGUCACAGAGUGGCAGAAAGCAUAAAUUAAGACUUGAUACAAAUAUCAAGAAAGACAUUGUAAAAAGACCAAGAAAAAAAACAUAAUUUGAACAAACCUGAAUGAGAAAAAUUGUGUUUUUAUUUCUUAAGCAGUGUAUUGUCUCAAAAUUUUUACCUUGCUUUAUUAUUUGUGAUAGACUUCAGUUGUGAAGGGUAAACUAUUGAGUUACAAUCAGAUUACUUGUGAUACAGAUAUAUUGUGUAACUAAUUCAUGUAUAAUUGUCAUGUGCUUUUUAUGAUCACUGCCAAGUAAAUAUAUACAUAUAUACAUAGAUCUUUAUAAAAAUUUUAGGCUUCAGUACUUAUACUGUAGUUAGCUGAACUCAACUGUUCAUAGCAAGUAAUGGAUUGAUUCCAAAUUAUUUGUGCUACAAGAAGCCAUCCCAAUAGUUUCAAUGUGAAAGCUGUACUCAGUUUUGAUUUUGUUUGCUUCAUAAGUCAAUGUUUCAGUGUUGAGCUUUAAGAUUGCAUUUAAUACUGAUUGUUGUCUUGGUUAGCUCAUUUGUUUCAUCCAAUAUUGUACACUUGUUUCUUAAUGAGUUUUGUUGGUGUAAGGUCAUGUUUUAGUGUCAACUCUUGUGGGGAACCAAGCCUUCUUGAAAAUCAUAAUUCUUCUGUUUUUGUUUGUUUAAUCAAAACAUGUCAUUUAUCUCAUUCAUAAUUUACCCAAUGUUCUAACUUCUUUUAUUGUAAAGUUUUUUGUUUUUUUUUUUCAAUUAAAAAAAAAAAAAAAAAAAAAGCAAUACCUGGUACUUCUCUUGUCAUUUCUUUGUAAGACUGGUUACUUUGUUAUUUUUAGAAUUAUUUCAUUGGAAAAGUUAGUGUGCAAUUUCAUUUUGAAAUAAAUUGUUGCUUUCAGUUUGUAGUCAGUAAUUUAAAUUUUAUUAGAAAAUGCAGAAAUGACCAUUACAGUCUAGUGGGCAUUUGUUUCCUAAGAAAUUUUAUCACAGACAAUGAAAAUGCAUGACAGCACUAUAAAAUGAUUACAAAGGCUGCAUACAUAGGGUUGGUACCGAUAGCACAAUAGCUUACUGAUAGCACAAUAGCUUGAUCAGUUCAUUUAAUGUAUCUAAAUCUGUUCAUGCCUUUGUAGCAGGCUAUUUAGCAAGUUUCUUAUUACUGGUAUAUAAAAGGAUUUUGGAUUUUUCUUGCUCUGAUACAAGACAACAUAGGAGAUACAUGGUUUGAUUGACUUACACACAUAUCUUUUUACCCCAUUUGCCAUUACCAGCAUUCAGAGAGCUGAAGUCUACAUUUGUACACUUAGAAUAGAGCAAGCUUUGGAGUUCAUUUUGUUAACAUUUAUGAUCCAAAAGACAAGUUUGACUAAUUCAGUACCAACAUGUAGAAUGACAACAAAAUCAGUUCAAUUAUUAGUAGGGUAAUAGUUAUAAUAGGAUUAGCUAUAAAAAAAUAAUCACAUAGUGUGAGGGAUGUUAAGCUUAAUAGAUACAACAUGUCAAACUUGAAUUGAGAACCAUUGCUAGGGACAUCACAAAUAUUGGGACAGUACAAAUAGAGAUGAUACUUUAAAAAAAACAAGUUUGGAACAUUUAAUAAAACACUUUAUUAUCCAUAGAACAAUGGAUAAAAUGUGCAUACAAAAUACACACGACAUAAGUAAAUAAAUUUAGAAAUGGCUACUCAAAUUUAACAGCAACACAUAUUCCAAGUUAAAACAUGCUCCAAACACUAAGAAACAAAC